UUAUGCUCAAGGGCAAAUGGUAAUGGCGAGCACGGCUGCCGUGGACGCGAGCUGGCUGUGGAUUGGCAGCGAAUGCGGGCGGAGGAGCGCCAGAAGGCGCGGGGAGGUUUUUCCAUCCGCGAUUCAGAGAUGCCAGAGGAGGUUUGGAUUGUGGAAGAAUCACCGCCACGCAAUUGUUUCCGGCCCUCCUCCUCCAUCGAGAAUCCCUAUCGGCGGCGUGAGAUUUUCUUCUACUCUCGCUGGAACCGGCAGUGUUCUCGGGAAGCCUCCAAAAACUGAGGAGGAUACCUCGAUCUUAUCAGAUUUUCUUUGCUUUCUCAAUGCGUCGUGGACUCCUUUCCAUGCUACGAUGGAAGCUAAGAAAUUGCUACUGGACGCUGGAUUCUUGCAACUAAACGAAGAAGAUGAGUGGUCCAUUGAGCCUGGAGGUCGCUAUUUCUUCACCAGGAACAUGUCAACAUUGGUGGCAUUUGCCAUAGGUCAGAAGUAUCAGACAGGCAAUGGAUUUCAUGUAGUUGCGGCACACACUGACAGCCCCUGUCCAAAGCUCAAGCCCGUUUCAGCGUUAUCCAAGUCGGGUUUCUUAAACUUGGGGGUGCAAACUUACGGAGGUGGAUUGUGGCACACCUGGUUCGACAGGGAUUUGAGUGUUGCCGGGCGAGCUCUAGUGAAGGGCAAAGACGGAGCUCUUGAUCACAGGCUCGUGCAAGUCAAUGAUCCAAUUUUGCGGAUUCCAACCUUGGCUAUCCAUUUAGACAAAAAUGUGAACACUGAUGGUUUUAAGCCCAACUUGGAAACGCACCUGGCUCCUGUUCUUGCAACUAAAAUCAAAUCGGAGCUUGCACAUUCAAACGAUGGUAAUGGUGCGAUAUAUUCGAAUGCUAGUGUCCAUCAUCCUAUACUUUUGCAGGUUCUUUUCUACCCUUUUCUUUGUUCCAGAGAAAAGACAAUCGUGAAAGUUUGUGUUGUUGUUCCCGCUCAGAUUCUUGCCAAGGAGCUGCAGUGUGACAUUGAGCAGAUUGCGGAUUUUGAACUGAAUGUCUGUGACACUCAGCCCAGCUGCAUCGGUGGUGCAAAGAAAGAGUUUAUUUUUUCAGGAAGGCUUGAUAAUCUAGCGUCGUCAUUUUGUGCUCUACGUGCUUUAAGAGACACUUGCAAAGACAAGACCAGUCUGGAAGACGAGAGCUCGGUACGAAUGGUUGCUCUUUUUGACAAUGAAGAGGUUGGUUCGGACUCUACUCAAGGAGCUGGAUCGCCAAUAAUGUUUGAAGCGAUGAAACGCAUCGCGACAUGGUUGUCCCGUACGAGUGACAGUGAGGGGAUUGUGGAACGAACAAUACGAAAGUCUUUCCUGGUCUCUGCUGAUAUGGCCCAUGCUCUCCACCCCAACUACUCCGAAAAGCACGAAGAAAACCAUCAGCCAAAGCUCCAUGAAGGCUUGGUGAUCAAACACAACGCAAACCAACGAUACGCUACAAACUCCGUCACUGCGUUUCUCUUCAAAGAAGUUGCUCGACUUGCUGGCAUACAAACUCAGAACUUUAUUGUGCGCAAUGACAUGGGAUGUGGCUCAACGAUUGGUCCCAUACUAGCGUCAGGCAUCGGCAUAAGGACAGUAGAUUGUGGAAUGCCUCAGCUCUCAAUGCAUAGUAUUCGCGAAAUGUGUGGAACACAAGAUAUCGACACGGCAUACAAACACUUCAAGGCGUUUUAUAGAACAUUUACCUCCAUUGAUCAACAGGUUUCCGUGGAUAAGUAGGGUCUCCGGGUGUACAAAAUUACGGCCAUAGUAGCAUUGAUCUGAAAAGAAUGAUAGCAGCAAAUUCACAGCCUUUUACUGCCUAUGAAUGCCAUUGACGAGGAGGUCCAUGUACUCCAUGUAGCAAUACGAAGGGUGCUUGGGAGGCGGCAAGCUGACCAACACCAGGGCCGCCAUUCUCGAGUA